UCAAAGCUGGCGUCGUCAAACAUUUAUGCCGGUUCAAGUUGCUGGAAAAUUCUGGAACUUUCAAAUAAACACAAUACUUUCCAGAGAAAAGGCUUAAAAAUAUAUAUUUGUUCAGUCAUUUGAUACUUGUUUUUGUGCGUACUAGUGAAAACGAUGCCAUUCGCCAAUAAGGGGACCGAUGCAGAUUCCAUAGCUGCUCGGCUCCGGAAUCGCUAUGGGAACCUCGCUUCCCCAUCUUUGAAAGAUGUUACCACCAGAAUGGUGCCGAAAACAUUCAAGUCAUUCUCGAAAGCCUUCGAGUCUCUGCCGCCUACCGAAUUGGAGGCCGAACAACAGGAGUAUUUGGAGUUCGAGAGUGGUCUGCAUAGCAAUUCUAGCUCCGACCAGGAGUUUAACACUCAGAUCCAGGUGGAGGAGGAACCGAAGCUAAAAUACGAACUGCCUGAGGAUUACAAGAGCACCAAGCUUUGCAUUUGCAUGCGUCCGCAAACCGCCUACGAAUGCGAUCGAUGCCAUCAUUACUUGUACGGUCGAGUCGCUGAGACUUGCGAAAAACAUCCCCAUGAGUUUUUCCUCAUGGACAUCCGUUCCUGUCCAUAUUGCAUGGCCCCAAUCGAGAUGGUUAAGAAGUCGCCUAUCAGCUGGGAAACAAUACGUAAAAUUGAAGAUGCCGAACUGCCCAGCGAUGGGGAUCUAUAAUGAAGAGUUUGAGACUCAAGUUCAUGUUAACUUUAUUUACAUUAUUUAAUGUAUAAGUGAAUGUUAAUACUAAUGUCCGAAUACAAUAGUUUUUCGAAUGAA